ACGGUAAGUGGGGUCUGGCUUCUACCAGCGUCAGGCUACCAUAACACGUCCACCCUUCACAAUCACGCCCAUAGUACUCAAGAUGUCAGAACAAGCACCCGAAGCAACGACCUACAAUCCUCCCUCCCGUGCCCCCAUAACAACCCCCUCAGUAAUCCUCUACGGCAGCAUUACCCCCACUACACCCUGGCAAUCAGCCCUCACAGCCGCCCUCUCCGAUCUGCCCAUUACAAUCAUCAAUCCGGUCUGCACCGCCUGGGACAGUACAUGGGUGGAAGACACCUCGGACCCGCGGUUCGUCGCGCAGGUCGAGUGGGAACUCGAUCAAGGAGAAAUUGCGGAUGUGAUUGUGAUUUACUUCGUGCCGGAUACGCAGGCGCCGAUUAGUUUGCUGGAACUGGGGAUGUAUGCGAGUCUGUAUAGAAAUCAGGGGAAGAUGGUGGUUUGCUGUCCUCAGGGGUUUUGGAAGAGGGGGAAUGUCAGGGUUGUUUGUGCGAGGUUUGGGGUGCCGGUGGUGGAGAGCGUGGAGGAGGUGGAGGGGUUUGUCAGACAGAAGCUAAUAGAGAAACUCAAAGCUUAAUUGUUUCAGAACCUUCGUAACCGC